AGACGCAGCGUCCGCUGGCAGACAGUGAUUUCUCGAUUCAGUGACAUCGUUCAGCUUGCCGCCGACUUGGGGACGCUUGUCUCUCGCGCAUAGGUGCACUACCACCCAGAAAGGAUAUUGUUCCUCCGGAAUUUGGAAUUUCAUAAGAGGGUACUGUGACUGCUUGUCAAUAACCCCCAACAGUGGACUGUAAUACUGAGUUGCCGUUGCGCUUGUGGGAUAUUUCAGACAGACAGAAGAUGCCUGCCGAUAUAAUGGAAAAGACCUCGGUCUCUCCUGUUGCUGCUACUCCAGCCAGCAUGAACACUACACCUGAUAAACCCAAGACGGCUUCCGAGCACAGGAAGGUUAGUAGUCGGUCAAAGCAUCUUAGAAAUGCCGUUAUUCUGUCACUUCAAAAUUACGCACGGGCUUUUAUAGCAAAACAUAAACCUUUCAUUCACCUUGAGCAAGUCCCACCAUUCUAACAAUUUCUUAUAUGUAUUUUCUUUAGUCAUCCAAACCUAUCAUGGAGAAAAGGAGAAGAGCCAGAAUCAACGAAAGCUUGGGACAGUUGAAAACACUUAUCCUGGAUGCGCUCAAAAAAGAUGUAAGUAUUAUAUUUUUUCUCUCACUACAAAUGAAUGAUUGCAAUCACAGUUAUAGAUUUACUUUAUUAAAAACAUAGAAUACUUUCGUAUUAAAGUUUAUCUUCAAUCCUAACAAUGUGCCUCCUCAUAUUACAGAGCUCCAGACACUCGAAACUUGAAAAGGCGGACAUCCUGGAGAUGACCGUGAAACAUCUCCGGAACCUCCAGAGGGCUCAAAUGACUGGUAAGUCACUGUAGCUGUUUUGGUGGGUGAAUACCCGGGAUGAUUUCUUCCAGACUUCCGUCUGUGGUUUAGAUCAUGUUCGAAUGCAGUACUCAGUUUACAUACUUGGCCCACAUCCUCUCUCCCAAGAAGUCUCUCUAAAUGUAGCUAAUUGUAUGGACUAACUAAAUAGCUAAUUUAUCUUAUCCAUUGGUGAGCUUCGGAAUGUAUAUGUUUAGUUUGAUCAAUGUUCAUGUUUGAAACUUAAUUAUACUGUUGUUAUUCUCAGUGGCUUAUCAUUUUCUUUCUUCCACAGCUGCUUUGAACACUGAUCCCACCGUGCUCGGGAAAUACAGAGCUGGGUUCAGUGAGUGCACAAAUGAAGUCACCCGGUUCCUGUCCACCUGCGAAGGGGUUAACACGGAGGUCAGGACGCGGCUUCUCGGUCACUUGGCCAGCUGCAUGACGCAUAUCAACGCUAUGAACUACCCCACGCAGCACCAGAUCCCUACCGGGCCUCCCCACCGCUCAUUCGGCCAGUCCAUGGUACAUAUCCCCAACUCAUCUCCGCAAGGCAACGUCAUGCCCCUGCCUUGUAAAGGUGGCUCUCCCCGGAGCAUGUCACCAGAAACAACAAAAGUAUACGGCGGUUUCCACCUCGUACCUGCCACAGAUGGACAAUUCGCCUUCCUCAUCCCCAACGCAGCUUUUGCGCCCAACGGUCCCGUUAUCCCCGUGUACGCGAACCAGAUCAACACGCCUGUACCAGCGGCGGUGUCCCCCGGUGCACCGACAGGCAACUCGGACUCAGUGUGGCGACCCUGGUAGAAAAAGAAAAAAAGGACCUAUCGAAAAUACUUUUAUGAUGACACUUAGUUCUUCUUUGUUCGAUGUUACAAAAAUUAUGUUUGUAUUUUGUUUUUUUAUUUUCAAUGCGUUAAGAUGAAAAGAUGAUGCACUAUAUUUGUAUAGCCUAUAAGGGAGUGAAGUUCAUAUUGAAAUGAGAUUUGUAUUGUUGAAGUCUGUUCACUGCAUUUUUAUAUUCGAGGUGUCUUUUAUUACUGUGCGAUACCAAAGAUAUGUUGAAUGCACUUUACGUAAUUCUUCGUUUUGGAAGACAAAUAAAUUUGUAAAGAUAUUGAAAAACAUACGCUUGUGCGCUCAUCUAUGAUUUAAGCCUAAUCUUCAGAAACCUGAUCACCAAACAAU